UUUCUCUCAUACAUCUCUCUCUCAUUGGCCCUCCUUCAUCUCCUCCACCAGAUAAGGCCCUCUUUACUGCUCCUCCCUCUCUCUCUCUCUCUCUCUAGAAUCUCAAGGCAUUUCUCUCUCUACCCUGCAUCCGAAGAGGCGCUGUCGUGACCCCGAGUGUCGUUCCGGUUCCCAAUGGCGUCGACGAUCGUCAAGCCUCAGUGGUCGUUUGGGGGUGUCGACUGCCGACGGUAUGUGGGGCCGCAACCGCCGCCGAGUGCGAAGUCCAGUUCUUUGCGAGCCGCGAGCAGGGGACAGCCGUCCCGGCGGUUGUUGGUCGUGAGGGCUAGUGAAAAUCGCAACGAUUCUGUUAAGAAGCUGGGGAUGACGGAUGCGGAAUGCGAAGCCGCUGUUGUGGCGGGGAAUGUGCCCGAAGCGCCUCCGGUCCCGCCCGCGCCGGCGGCCCCGGCUGGAACUCCUGUCGUCCCUUUGCUGCCAUUGAGUCGCCGCCCGCGUCGCAAUCGGAGAUCACCGGCGCUGAGAUCAGCUUUCCAGGAGACAAGUUUGUCCCCGGCAAACUUUGUCUACCCACUUUUUAUUCAUGAAGGUGAGGAAGAUACUCCAAUUGGGGCUAUGCCAGGAUGCUAUAGGCUUGGUUGGAGGCAUGGGCUUGUAGAAGAGGUGGCUAAGGCUCGUGAUGUUGGUGUUAAUAGCAUUGUACUCUUCCCCAAAGUGCCUGAUGCUCUGAAGUCUCCCACUGGAGAUGAAGCUUACAAUGACAACGGUUUGGUGCCAAGAACAAUACGAUUGCUCAAGGAUAAGUACCCUGAUCUUGUCAUAUACACUGAUGUUGCUUUAGACCCAUAUUCCUCAGAUGGACAUGAUGGUAUUGUCAGAGAAGAUGGAGUCAUAAUGAAUGACGAGACAGUACAUCAGCUAUGUAAACAAGCUGUCUCCCAGGCCCGAGCUGGGGCAGAUGUUGUUAGUCCUAGUGACAUGAUGGAUGGUCGUGUCGGAGCAAUUCGAGCAGCCCUUGAUGCUGAAGGCUUUCACCAUGUUUCUAUCAUGUCCUACACUGCCAAGUAUGCGAGUUCGUUUUAUGGGCCGUUUCGAGAGGCUCUAGACUCAAAUCCACGUUUUGGAGACAAAAAGACUUACCAGAUGAAUCCAACAAAUUACAGAGAAGCUCUAAUUGAGACCCGUGAAGAUGAAUCUGAAGGAGCUGACAUUCUUCUGGUGAAACCCGGUCUUCCUUAUUUGGAUAUAAUAAGGCUUCUUCGGGAUAAUUCUCCUCUACCAAUUGCUGCUUAUCAGGUAUCGGGUGAGUACUCAAUGAUUAAGGCUGGAGGGGUUCUGAAGAUGAUUGACGAAGAGAAGGUUAUGAUGGAGUCUCUCAUGUGUCUGAGACGGGCAGGCGCGGACAUCAUCCUCACGUACUUUGCACUGCAAGCGGCUAGAUGCCUAUGUGGUGAGAAGAGGUGAGAUUCAGAUGCAGUUGGUGGCGGGCAUUGCUGCGAACAACCCCACUAGAUCUUUUGAGGAAAUGAGCCUUAAUGCCUUAACAUAACUUUUGUAGAUUAUUUUGUAAAGUUGGUGAUGCUAGGGAUUAGGUUGAUUUUUUAAGAGUAAUUUGAGUGGAAAUGGUUUUGGGGUGUGUUCUGCGGAGUGUGGUGUCUUCAUGCUUAAGUUAGAGUGAUGUGCUUUGAGAAUGGACACGAAUAAUAAGCUGGAAAUUCAAUCGGGGCACCAUCCCCGAUUGUUUUGUUCUGUUAAUUUCUUACCCUGUAAUUUAUCAUUCGGUAUCUGUGUGCUUGAUAGGAUCUUGAGAAUGUAUGACGUUCUGGUAAUUUAUGCAAAAUGUAUUUCUUACUA